AUGACACAGCAUCAACAGGAAGAGUGUAUAGCGUACUUUUCGAGUUUAUGUCAAGAGCUUUAUAAUCCUAAAGAUCCUUCCGAGCGUGAUCAGAUUCAAAAGAUAUUAGAAGCUAGUUUCCCAACCUUCUCAUCUUCAGAUACCAUAAAGAUAAACAUUGAUCAGAUCCCAACAUUCGAUGUUGCUACUCCCACAGAUACAGCCAAUGCUUUGAGAAUUAUGCUGGAGAAUUCCCCCAAUCCGUAUGUUCAAACGUUCUCUCUUUCAAGAUUAAAGCAACUUGUAAUGGCACAAUUCACAAUAUUUAAUACCGAUACCAAAAUUCAGCUGCGCACUUUCUUGUUGGAUUACGCUUACAUGCAUCCAGAUCUGCAACCUUUUGUUAUUACACAGCUGGCAGGAGUGUUGGCAUUAUUGACUCGAUUUGGCUGGCUUGAUCAUGAAGAGUAUCAAAAUGUGUACAUAGACAUGACUCUAUUCCUUCAGGCCUCUGCUGAACAUCGUAUCGUUGGUAUGCAAAUCCUAUCUGUCAUUGUACAAGAUAUCAAUGCUGCAACUAUUCCCAAAUAUUCCGCUAAAUUCAGAAAAGCAGCUGCUGGACUCCGGGAUACUCAAUUGCUUGAUAUAUUCAAGUAUGCUUAUCAAUUUCUCGAGAGCUUGUUGGCCAGAUCGGUCCCUUUUGAUAAACCUGAUCAAGAAGCCAGAACCAGAGAUGCUACUCUUGACCUACUGUUAAAGUGCCUUUGCUUUGAUUUCGCUGGGACAAGUUUGGACGAGGCAGGCGAGGAUACAGGCAUGGUCCAGAUCCCUGCGGCAUGGAGAAGUAUUUACGAGAUGGAUAAUUUCGUAUCCCAAUUUUUUAAAGCUUACGCUGAAUUUUCGCCACCUCAUUCUGGUAAAGUAAUGGAAUGCCUUGUGCAGAUUGCAGCAACAAGAAAAGCACUGUUCAGCGGUGAAGACGAACGCAGCAAGUUUGUAACAGCCAUCAUGAAAGGGAUUCAGGACAUUAUCAUUACCUCGCAAGGUUUGACGGAUGCAGGCUGCUACAAUGGAUUUUGCCGAUUAUUACAGCGAUUCAGAACCACUGCUCCUUUGAACGAGAUGGCGGAGAAGCAAGGAUACAUGGAAUGGAUAGAACUGGUGGCAAAAUUCACACAACAAGCAUUUCAAACUUGGACUCCUACCACAACUGGUUACUAUCUUUUGAGCUUUUGGUCUCGCAUUGUGCAAAGCAUGACUUACUAUCAGCAAUUGAGCGAGGAAACCGUGGAAAAGUUGCAGGCCAUUGCCGUGACAUUGACAAAGACAUUCAUCAUCACUUACAUCGAGACAGUGCCGAACCGAAUCGAGGAAAUGUUGGAUGAUCCACUAGAUGAUGAGGAUGCACUGCUCGAGUCAUUAAACAUGUUGGGUCAAAUAGCUCGCUGCAAGUAUGAGAAAUCGUGUGCUGCACUCGUGGAAGUGUUUGAUCCAGUUACUGCUCAUUAUGAAGAGUUGAUCACACAGGCUAGUAUGGGCAGUAUCAGCGGAGAGAAUCUCAAGGAAGCUAUUGAUGUGUUUGAGGCUAAAUUCGCAUGGCUUGUCUAUAUCAUUGGCGUCUUUGUUGGUAAUCGACCGGCUUAUUUGAGCUCUGACGAGAACGAUGAGGCAGAUGGCCAGUUGACUACCAAAGUUGUCCAAUUGAUGGAGGUGAAUCAAAAUCUUGGUCAGAGCGAUCCUGCGUUUUUGAGCGAGAAGCUUGAUUCUGCCUUGGUGUUUUUCUUUUUACAAUUUAGAAAAUCUUAUGUGGGCGAAUCCAAUGCGAAAUCUGCUUACACGAAGCUGAACGAGGUGUUUGGUAUUGAAGGACCAGAAGACAUGCUCAAUCUCAUCAUGCGCAAAAUUAUGACCAACCUUCAAAUGUGGGGAAACAGUGACAUAGUCAUCAGAAGAACACUCGAACUGUUCAACGACCUUACUGGUGGCUAUAGCGCAUUGAGGAGUGUCCGCAAGCUGGAGGCUACUCAUCUCAUCAUGCAAAACCAUUUAUCAAGCGACUUUACGUUCCUUAGCAAUGAUAAGCACAGAAGAAGUCGCAUGUUGUAUUAUCAGAUCCUGUGCAAGAUAUUGUUUGCAGAUGACAAUUGUGAAGGGGAGUUUUUUGAAUUCAUGAAGCCAUUCGAAGCUCGAUUAGACAGCUUGUCCAUGUUGAAUACGAUUGAAGAGUUCCAGCAACCCGAUGUACAGCGCGCAAUCCAAGAUGUAUUCAGGGAUCUCCGUGGUUUCAUUCAACCUAUCUCAGGUCGUAAGACUUACUUGAUGUUCUUUCAUUGGUUUUAUCCUGACUAUAUGCCCGUGCUGAUGAAAGGAAUCCAAGCAUACUCCCCUAGUCCUUGUACGAAUAUCUUGCUCAAGUUUUUCGGUGAAUUCGUUUACAACAAGAGCCAAAGAUUGACGUUAGAGGUUUCUUCGGCUAGUGGUAUUUUGCUGUUUCGAGACGCCAGUCAAGUCUUGUGUGCCUAUGGUCAGCAAAUACUCAAUCAACGCGUUGCCGAUGAAUCUCAAAAGUAUCCGUUGAAAUACAAGGGCAUAUCUGCAUGUUUCAAUAUCUUAGCGCGAUGUCUUGGUGGCAAAUAUAUCAACUUUGGGGUAUUUUGGUUAUAUGGGGACAAGGCAAUCAGCGAGGCAUUCUCAAUGAUGUUUCAACUCAUGUUGGAUAUACCAUUAGAAGAUAUGAUGAGCUUUCCAAAACUGACAAGAUCUUUCUUCAUGAUGUUGGACGAGUUUUCUGUGGAGCAAAUGAUGAUAGAUCCCAACAUGCCACCAGAAGCAUUCCUGUACACACUUGAAGCCUGCGAACAAGGAGUUCAAUCAAGCGACGCAUGGGUCCGUACACAUGCUUGCUCCACUCUCAACAACAUCUGUACAUUUGUCAUUCAAGAGAACGAGAAGACUGAUCUACGUCGUCUGAGCAGUGGCAGCAUUGUGCCUCCAUCUGACAACAGCAAGAAGGACAAGGAUUACAAGAAGAACAAAUCUCUGAGAGGUGCCUGGUUCUUGAAUUACUUGAGUCAGUAUCCUCAAGUGCUGCCUAAAUUAUUGUCGACCUUAUUUGGUAUGAUACUAUUUGACGAUAAUAAUGAUCAAUGGCAGCUGUCAAGACCUUUAUAUACACUUGUGUUACUUGAAAGAGAUUUUGCUUCAGAGUACACAAACCAAGUGAUCCUGCAACAGUUACCGGAACGCCGAGAAUUUGUAACCAAAGCCCUGAGUAACUUGAUGGAAGGCAGUGGAUGGACAUUAAGCACAAAAGAUAGAGAAAAAUUUUCCCAGCAAGUAGCCUCUUUGAAGAGGGAGCUGAACAACAAUCAAGUUGUGUUGAUCCCUUUAAAUGAAUGA